AUGGAGAAACAGAGGUUUCUCACGCAACAACCCCAAGUCGAGAGUUCGACCUCGCAACGAAACAGCUACCACGAUGAGACCGAUUCGAUGUAUUGCAAUGCCGAAGUUCCGCAGACUCGAAAAGCGCGUCGCAACGGCGUGUGGUCGAUAGUCGGAAGACUCGCCCUCAUAUCGCUCGCAGUCGGGAUCUUUUAUCUGGGCCGUAUAACCCAUGACAUGACGCCCGCACGACCAUCCGAGCCUGUAUCCCUAGGCAAAUGCUCUCCGGACUGGAAAGAAUCCAAAGCUCGAGGUUGCGUUUACGACUUUAUGCUCUCCACCUGGAUGCACCCCAGAUGUUUCAACGAAGAGAUGCACGAGAAAUACUUGGGUUACAUGACGUGGAGGAAUACAACAUAUUGGUAUGAGCGAGAACGCAUAAACAAGGUUCCGUUUGAUGUAGCCGCAAGUGGUGAACACGGCGAAAUCUUCACAGAUGGCACGAUUCAUCACAUGCAUUGCAGCUAUGUCUGGGACAGGAUCACUUAUGCAUCUCACUUCAAGCCUCGAGUUCUUGACUCUCUUUGCCGAGACCCGAAGCAUGUUGAACACUGCAUCCUGUAUAACGGGAUUCCACAAUCUUGGGAGAUUGACUUGCCGAAUAUCACUCGAGUUUACAACGAACCUCAUGAGGUGGACUGCUUGAUUGGAUAG